AUGGAUGUAGAGUUCAGCUGUUUUUAAUGUAAAAUAAUGGGGUCCAAAGACAGCUACACGAAAAAGAAAAAUCCUCACAAAUAUUGUGCAAAUUCAAGGCCAAAUUUUUUGUCAAAAAGGACCUAAAACGUGUUAUUUAAGGUUGUUUUUAUUUAAAAAAAAACAAGUUUAUGAUGUGCUAUCUGUUUAUGAUCAAUACUUUAAAGGUCACAUGUGUAUUAAGUGAACCAAGUGAUCAAAAAGUAUUUAUUAGCACAAUAAGUUGAAUCAGGUUUAACAUACUUAGUAAGAUUCAUUAAAAUCAAAAGUGAGCCCAUUGUCUACAAAGGGCAAAUGAAUAAACUGCUUAAAAGCUGAACAAAUGUGUUAACUAUCUUUGUCAACAUUAUAAUUAGUCUUUUGCAGCACCUAAAGUUUUACCGAAGAUUCUCCCCAUCGUCCAGGGGCAAUUGCAUUUGUGACCGAAGCUUUACUCAAUGUACCAAGCCCCCUGGAAAUUACACAGUGAACUGCUUCAUGCUGAAAAAAAAUUGAUUUUUAGAAAAGUUUUAGUCCUGAAGUCAAAGUGUUACCCUUUGGUUAUAAAUAAAUGGCUAAAAUGUACCAAAAAAUUGCCAUUUUUAAAUUGUAUAUUAUGUAUCUCAUCUCUAUUUCCAAGCCAAUGUUUAUGUUGGACACAUUUGACAAAAAUGAGACAGUAUCAGUGCAGUAUAAAGGUGAAUUCAUACCAAAUGCUGAUGUUAUUCUUACAAAACAGACGUGACAAAAGAAGGAGUGUUGAAAUGUAAUUCAGUGAUAGAGUUGAUAAAAGCAAAGGUUAGCCUGUGGUGGUUUGUUCUCACACUUCACACUUAUAAGUCAGAAGAAUGCCACAGGCUGUUUACCACUGUUCCUGCUUUAUUGGCAAUGAUGUGAUACUAAUGGUGCACUGAACUCACUGGAGCCGCACACAUGCACAACAUUUCCUCUCGUGGAACGACAGUUGGCAAGAACAGAUUCAUAACAUCACUGAUGUUUAACAGAAGUUUGCCUCGCCAGACUGAAGACAGGAAAUGUUUAAAUGUUUAUUGGGUUUUUUUAGUUUUUAAAUUGACCAUUUUCUUCUUCCCCUGCAGGAAAAAGGAAAUAAAAAUGUCAAAAAGGAGAGGUCAGAAGAAAUCCGUAUUUUUGUCUUCGUUGUUGGUGUGCUGCAUGUUUGCCAGUGCCGAGUACUCCAGCUGUGGGGAAUAUGAGUUCUUCAACCAGACCAGUAACAGUUGCCAGGCUUGCCCUCAAUGCCGGCCAGGACAAGAACCAAACAUGUCCUGCGGACACGGUAUGAAAGACGAAGGCUUUGCCUGCGUGCCAUGCCCCCAGGGAAAAUACUCCAAAGGGAAGUAUGAGAUAUGCAGACGCCAUAAAGACUGCAAUGCGCUCUACAGAGCUACUGUACGUGAACCUGGAACGGCGGAGAAAGAUGCCGAGUGUGGACCCUGUUUGCCUGGGUAUUACAUGCUGGAAAACAGAGCCAGAAAUCUUUAUGCGAUGGUUUGCCACUCUUGCCAGAAUGCGCCACAGAAUACCAAAGAAUGCAAGAAGACCACCGAACCAAUCAUAAAACCCCCUAUCAACCCGGGCAGCACAACAGUCCUCCCUCAUCCAGGUUCUCCAGGACAGGGUCAUCUUGCAACAGCUCUUAUUAUUGCCAUGUCAACCAUCUUCAUCAUGGCCAUAGCCAUUGUGCUCAUCAUCAUGUUUUACAUCCUGAAAGCCAAACCGAAUGGCCAGGCAUGUUGUUCUGGACAAGUUGUGAAAGCAGUGGAGGCUCAGACGAACAAACAAGAGGACAAGAAAGAUGUUCCUGACAAUGUGGUAAUCUUCCCAGAAAAAGAAGAAUACGACAAAUUAAAAGCUUCUCCUCAGAAGACAGUGAAAAGUGAAAAUGAUGCAUCAUCAGAGAAUGAGCAGCUGCUCAGCCGCAGCAUUGACAGUGAUGAGGAGCCCACGUCAGAUAAGCGGAGGUCGUCAGAGGCCACCAACCACAACUUGUGUCAAGCAAACAUGGGCAACAAGCCCGACCUCUGCCUGCUCUCUCUGGGCCUGCUGGACCACCGAGUGGUCUGCAAUGGCACUCCAGCUUCUGCAGGCGGUCAGACGAACAACACCCCGGCUCCCAACCACAUUGCCAGCAGCAACGUCAGCAGCAUGAAUGCAAUCAAUAACAACAAUAAAACCCCAGGGAUGCUGCAGAGUCGAAGGAAAAAGAUCCUAGAUUUGUAUGCCAGGACUUGCCAUGUGACUGAGGGUCUCAGCCCCACAGAGCUUCCCUUCGACUGCCUAGAGAAGGCCAGUCGCAUGCUCAGCUCCUCCUACAGCAGCGAUGCGGCCGUGGUCAAAACCUGGAGACACCUGGCAGAGAGUUUCGGGCUGAAGCGCGACGAGAUUGGCGGCAUGAGCGACGGCCUUCAGCUAUUCGAGAGAGUGAGCACCGCCGGCUACAGCAUCCCGGACCUCCUUACCCGCCUGGUGCAGAUUGAGAGGCUGGAUGCAGUGGAGUCCCUCUGCGCAGAUGUGCUCGGAAGCAAUGAGAUAGCGGUGACGGUGGGACGGCAGAGCGUCAACAGUUUCCACAGCCAGUUAGUCUGUCCCUCCCCGUGCACGUCUCCAUCCCCGCGCUGUGCCAGUGUCUAAAUAUUUGGUGGAGCAGAGACUUCAAAGACUUGAAUUGGAUGAACAGUAUCCCACCACAUGAAGAAUGUUGCUCUCCACAAUCCUCUUUUUUUCAAGAAGCUAAUGGACCAAAAUACUUUAUUUUUUUGUGUUUUAAAUCCAAGUGCUGCAGGAUUCAGAGGUUGAAAUGAACCAAAGCUUUAAAUCCAAACUACUUUCUAGUUUGUUAUUUUAGCUAGAUUUUAUAUGAGUUAAUAUGUAGUUUUGUUUACUAUCAUCAUGCUGUUCUCUUUAAAUUAUGGGAAAUUAAAAAAAAAAAUGAGCUGUGUUCUGGACAAAACAUUUUAAGAGUUUUAAAAAGACAGUUACGUGAAGUUUACAGUACUAUGGACACAGUGGACAUUCUAAUUGGAUCUGUCACUGAGUAUUCUCACAUUGGAAGGAGACCAAACCAUGUGUUUCAUCUUGCAGUCGAUGAAACCAGAUCUUUGUGUCCGCGCAAAAAAAGGAGGAUCUGGUUCAACCGCAGCAUUAGUUAACAUUCAUAACGGUGUCUUUGACUAUGCUGUCAUCACGGAGAAAAGACAGUAGGAAUAAGCCCCCCACUCGUAAUUCAAUCAUCAUGGCCACAUGGAAAUGCUAAAACAUCUCUCGGGUCAGCUUUCAUCUGGUAAACCCGCCUGUGAACUCUGGACAUUUGUCAAAGUCUUGACGCCUUUGGCUGAAUCCUUAAAAAGACAAGAACAUUCGAGGAUAUUUCUCGUUUUGAAGGAACUGCAAAGUUAUUUGUGAGAGCUUGAUGAAAUAACAAGCUAUCACUUGAUCAGUAUAUGUAAUGUACAGUAAAGUGUAAAAAUAUGGAAGAUAUUCAUUUGCGUUGAAUGAAAGAGUUCCAAAUCCUAUCUAAAAAACACAAAAAACAUAAGUAUUAUUUUUAUAAAAUGUGUUUUAUUAUAAAUCCAUAACCGUGAUGCCUGAACAGACUCACCAGUAACCCUGUUGGUGACCCUCUAAAUGCUGCUCACACAAAUGCACACAAACCACCCCACAUCAACUUUGCCAGUCAUUCCCUCCGCACCUCAAUCUCUGGGGCAGCUAUAAUUACUGGGCGUGUGGCUCCCCAUGCCCCUAAUAGGCUACAGUGCUGUGGUUUAUGGAAUGGUUGGUAAAUGCCUGUGAUUUCCAGCACCUAAUUAAGCAUUUAGGGCCACUUAACCGCUGAAAGCCCAGUGGAAAUGCUAUAAAACCCUUACUGCGUUAAAAUGAGCAGUGCCAGGACAGGCAAGUGACUAACGGCCUCAAGGGUUGCUGAACUGUGAAGACUGACUGAGGUAGCACCAGCAGCUUUUGUGGCCAGCUCAGUAAUGCUUCGGGAGGAUUUCAGUUUCCCCCCAUACCCAACAAACAGAACCCAUUUGUCUAAGUUCUGAACAACAGCUGAAGCCAGUUAGGUGUUGUGUGCAUGGUUUAGAAACUUUGGCUCUGAGAAAAAGACCUUUAUCUGAGCCAUGAAAAUAAAUGCAUGUGCUAUUUGGGUUUGAAAGAUGUUUAUAUAGGGAUAUGCAUGUAGAUUAUAAAAUCAUCUGGUCUUUUAAAAUAGGUAAAAUGAGGUAUUGGUGUAUGCAAAAUCCAAAAAAACAACACAUUGUAUACGUUACAAUAUUAAUCGACUCCGCUAAAAUGCAGAAACAAAAACUGUGAAAAACAGAGUGAAUUCUGACAACUUUCACUAGAAUUAAAAGGGUAAGUUUCAUCCAAAUGUUACUGAUUAAACCUAAAUAGUUCUAAGAGUGAGCACCACUAACUGCAGACAAUUUGGCAGUCCUAGUACACACAAUGACAGGAAGAGGUGACACUAACAUAAUUCAUCAUAUGUUAGUGCCCAUCAUCCUGAGAAAAAUCAUUUUAGAGAAAUUUCUGCUUCCAUCAGUCGAUAGAGGAGUCAUCAAAUCUUGAACAUUUACCUCAUUUUAAGAUUUUUAAGGCACUAGAUGAUUUUGUUCUUAUAAGUAAAGUGUAAUGAUGUGUUUUUAUACAACUAGCAGAGAUGUUGACACCGAAGGAACCAAAUCUGCUAAUAUCUCCACCAUCUAAUUGAAUUUCUAGAAAUGCUUUUCUUUGAAAAUAGAUAGAUUUUACUAUGAUGUGUGAAUAAUGUCCCUCUGCAGAAAGAUUUCUCUUGAUUGUUGGUUUUAUCCCAAUCCCAACCUGGGGCUGGUCUCCAGCUCUUUAGCUUUUGUACAUGUUUAUUAGGUACAUAAUUUGGUAUUUGCUCACAAACACCAUUUGUAAAAUAUUUAUAUCUAUGCAUUAAUAAAACAGAGCCCCUAAAGGAAGAUAGAAGGAAAAACAAAAUUAAAUUGGUUUCAGGUGUGCAUGACAAACCCUUACUAUUAUUUUCUUACAUCUUUUUAAGGGCUAAAAAAAAACCAAACCAAAAACAUAAAAAUCUCUAUUGAAUAAAUAUUUUUUUUUUUUUUUGUACAAUCAUGAACUCGUGAAAUCUUAUGAGACAUGCAAGAUUUGGUCUGACAUUUAUGAUGCUAUGGUAAUAUGCCCAUGCUAAACAUCAAUUACUUACCUCAGUAACACAUUUAGUCCAAACUUUUCAAACUCACUCAUUUUACAAAGUGUAUCUGUAUAUAUAAGUUAUUUUUUUUAUAUAAAGUCUACUUCAAUAAAAAUGUAUGAUCUUCA